AUGGGGACGGGAAGCCUCUGUCUCGGCGUGGCACCUCCUGCGGCCCCGGCGAGAACGGAGAAGGACAUCCGGAAAAGCCUUGCCUCCUCCUCCGAGCCCAUUUUGGACCUCUGCACCGAUGCGGCAGCCGUGCCUCCAGCAUCGGCCGUCCCCACCAGCACUACGUCAACCACCCCGCCAGCUGCCGUAGAGCGCCCCCCAACCACCACCGUUGAAAGAUUCCCCACGCUCCCAGCCGGGGCCACCACCGAGCCAGCCCCGCCAGACCCACUCCAGAGCUCCGAGGAAGCCGCCCAGGAGAGACCUUUCUCUUCCGCCGACUUCUUCCCUGAACCAGAUCCGGCUUUGCCCCUUCCUCCGGAUCAAGGCCCCCUCCCGGAAACCGGGUGGUCUUGGGGGUCCUUGCCGUGGCCAGAGGCCCCCGAGGAGUGCAUCCCGCCCCGGCCCACCACCUUGGACUUCUCCAAGCCCCUCCAGAAGCUGGAGGAGGCAAAGCAGGUGGGCGUUGAGGAGAACGGGCUGGAGCGUGGCGAGGAGAGGAAGGCCCUCCAGUCGGAGCUGGGCAAGUGCAUCGAGGACUUUCGGAGAAUCCAGGUGCCCGCCUCGUUCCCCGACAAGAAACGGGCGUGGCAAAGCGAGCUGCUCCAAAAAUACCAGCUCUGA